AUGUCCUUCCACUAUCUAGCUACGGAGCUUUUGCUUCAUAUCUUCCAGUCAUGCGAUACGAUUACCGAUAUUCUAAACCUCGCAUCAGCGUGUCGCCGGUUUCGCGACGUCUUCAAUCGAUCGAACAAGCUCCAGAUCAUGAUGGACGUUGCGGAAAUGGAGUUCGGUCCCGUUGACGACAUUAUACAAAUCGUGACGCAUAAUACAAGCCAGCCGGCCCAUAUUUUCCGCACAGCACCACUCACAGCACCUCUCCUCAGACAAGUCGUGCAGAUUGGCAGAGUCGCCCAGAAGUGGGAGACGAUCUACCCUGUCAAGAAGUGGAAGCUCGACUUUGAGAAUAGGCGCUCGCUCAGCGACAAGGAGCGCUUUCGUCUCCGCCGUGCGAUUUUUCGCCUUUGGCUUUAUCAUCGCGCUUUUCACACGCGAGACUACGAUCGCUAUAGUCGCCAUCUGCGGAAUACGGUCGCGGAACGCGCGCAGCUCCUGCAUAACUGGUCGACCGCUGAGUUGGCAGAGAUUGAAGACGUCCGCUUGGUCAUUGGCGAUAUCGUCCAAAACCACAUUUGUCCAAGCAAUGGGACUAUCCAGCGAAAGUUCCGGAAUCGGUACCCUGAAAGCAACCACCAGCUAACCUUCAACAUCCAUCUAAAUUACCCUAUGGCCCAGAGCGGUCUCACCCCAUAUGGGUUCAUCGAUCCGAACCCUAAUUCGACAGAACAAUACUUCCAUACAACCCACUCUACCAAUUUCUCCAACUCUGCAAAAUAUCGAUCGCGUUUCCGGAACGACAUAUUCCACGAGCCUGGCUCGGAAGGGUGGGGCGAUGAAAUUCCGCACUACUACAUUGUACAGGAUAUGAUGAAGCUUGAUCCCGGCCAGGUUCUGUGGUUACGCGAACACUGCCUGCUCAAGGAGCAGGUCGAGACAUUUGUGCUUUCGCUAGGGGACUGGUUCCGGGAUAAUGGCGAGACGUUUGGCGAUACACUGGAGUGGGUGAUGAAUGAGAGAGGCGAUGACAUAGGAGAGUUUCGAGCUGCAAUCUCGGAGCGGGAACUUGGGAUUGCGGAGUAA